AUGAGAUGCUGGGAUAAAUAGCUGGGAGUUCCUCCCUGGGAUCCAUUAUCAGGUGAUUCUGCUGUCAGAGACAUCACAGCUACUGGAGUUACUGUAGCUCCUGAUUCAGAGGUUCAGUAGUGUCAGUUUUCUCCAGUGGAGAACCACUGCAGUGAGACCAGUUGUGAGCCCAGAUGACCCAGAGGAGAAGUACUCAGUGGUGGUGUGCUGUGCUGCUGUGCUGUACAGGGCUGUGGUCAUGGCUUCACCCAGAGACACUGAGCCAGGCUUCAGCCGUCAACCUGCGCCGCUUCAUUGGCUGUGCCGUCCGGGAGUUCACCUUCCUGGCCAGGAAACCAGGCUGUGGAGGGCUGCACAUCACCACUGACGCCUGCUGGGGACGCUGUGAGACCUGGGAGAAGCCUGUCCUGGACCCUCCCUACAUAGAGUCAUACCAGCGUGUGUGUACCUACAACGAGACCCGCCUGGUGACGGUGCGGCUGCCUAACUGCUCAGCCAACGUGGACCCCAUGUACACCUACCCUGUAGCCCUGAGGUGUGAUUGUGGAGUGUGCCUGACCAGUACCACUGAGUGCAUCACCUCUGUCUGACUGCAAGCACCAUCACUGGCACUGGACAGGGAGAGCAGCAGCACUGGAUGUUUACUCUAUGGAGAGAAUGGAAAUCCCCUUUCUAUUUCAAGUCAUUAUACAGCUUGGAAUAACUUUAAACAUAAAUAAAUAAUGUCAUCUGAA